AUGCAUUUCAUCAUAUCCAACUUGAACAUUGCCAAUUGCAUGUUGGUCAAUCUUCAUGCUCAACACUCAGGUGCAAAAGCCCAGCAGCUUCACUACUUGUUUAAGAAGCCUGAUUUUAAUGUCUGUCAAAACAGAAAGGCUUUUCAGCUGCUGUACAAUUGUGAUGUACCAGCAGAUGUUCCUGCUGCAGCUGAUAGAGAAAGUGACAACAACAACAAUGACAGCCACCAAAAAAGCACCACUGAAGAUCCUUCUGCUGAAAAAUGCAAGAUGACUAGCAAGAAAAUAGUGAAAACAAAGGAAGCAGAUGUCAUUGAUGAAUCCCACCAUUGUCAUAAAGUGCCAAAGAAGGUGACAGAGGAUGGCAACAAGGAGAGAGCUCCUGCUGCCAAGGAGGUACAGAAGAUGAUGCAGAGAGGAUCUAUAGAUGAGGCUGGAUUGUCAAAGGCUGGACCAUUGAAUACUCAGUGA